AUGGCUUUAACGUUCAGUCACCUCACUGCGGCAACCUUCGAGAAAGAUGUCGGACGCGGAAGGAAACGACCCAGAGUUAGAGAAGCAGUCUCAUGUGAACAAUGCCGGACUCGCAAAAUUCGUUGCGAUCGAGAAACACCAUGCAAGCCAUGCAAAGACCGCGGUCAUCCAUCGAGCUGUGUCUAUAGCAGCCACAAGGACCGAAAUCAACAUCCUACUUCCAGUCCUCGCUCCAACAAGCCAAAGACAACAAAGUCUUCCAGCACAAGUCCUCCUCAGACGCCCUCUAUUGAGGUCGUCCCACCCAUCCAAACACACACUCCUCCCGAGAGCUACUCCUCCUCCAUCAGUGAGACACCCGAGCCAAUGCUCAGCAUCGACCGAGCACUCUCCCCCUUCUCCCGGCAGCCCUCACCACUCCCCAGUCCACGAAGCCCUCGUUUCCAAACCUCGGCCUGCAAAACCCGCAUGAUCGGCCUCAGCCACUGGAUGGCCCCUUGCAACGAAAUGGACGUCGUCCGCGCCAUGCUCGACCACUCCGAACCCUUCAACCCCUGCCGCAAAGCCUUCCACGAGCUCAAGACCAUGCUCCGCGUGCACAACUCUAUCCCUCCUUCUCUCCCAACUCUAACCAGCGACACCGACCUCAAACUUCUCCUUCCCGACCGGCCCACCUGCGACCACUGGUGUGCGCAGUACCAAGCCACGUACGGCAGGAUCUACACCAUCCUGGAUCCCAAAGCCCUCACCACGGACGUGGACAGGAUCUACAAUGGAACCCUCUCCCACCCCGUUCAUGUGUCCAAGGUCUUGCUAGCCAUGGCCAUCGCCAUGCAAUCUUCUUCCUCCGACCGCCUCUACGGCCGGAGCUUAGCCCGCCAAGUCGAGAUCUUCCUCCACUCCUCCUCGCGCUUCCAAAAACCCUGCAUCGGCGUCGUGCAGGUACACUUGUUACUCAUCAUCCUCAAGACCAUCUCCGCUUCAGACACGGACAAGAUGUACGAUUUGAUGGGUCUGCACGGGAUCACGAUGCAGAUCGUUUUGAACAUGGGACUGCAUCGCGAUCCGGCGCUGUUUGCGGAUGUUAGUCCUUAUCAUGCCGAGGUCCGCAAGAGGCUGUGGGCCAUCUUUGUCAGGUUGAAUCUGGAUUAUUGUGUUAGGAGCGGGACGCAGUUUACCCUCCGUCUUGAAGAGAGCGACUGCCCGCUUCCCACGACCGCCGGUCUUCGAGCACCGGACUCGAGCACUACUACGUCCAACACAAUCCUGAGAUGUGAACCGGACGAACAAACCAGAGCUGAUCUAGCCUUUUCCAUCGCGACCGCUCGACUAGCCAACGUCAUCGGUCCCAUGCAACAAGCUUUAUACUCCUCCUCCAAAGCCUCAGACCCAUCACAAAUGCAGAACGACCUCAGGGCAGCCUACGAGGACAUCGUCGCUUCCCUCCCAGCAUCACUCCAACCCGGCACUCAGUGUCAAUCUACCACUGCAACAACAGACCCCAUCCAAGCUCUUCAGCAGUCUAUGCUUUCUAUCAGCUUGCAUAGCUUCCUCUCCAUCAUCAACCUCGCCUCCACCCUCUCCUCCAGUCAUACCACCAACGCCCACCCUUCCCAACGAACCUCUCUCAUGGAAAUAUGGGACUGUUCAGCGUCCGUCUUUCACGAGUUCCAAUCUCUUUGCGGCCAGUCUCCUAGUAGUAGUCCAAGCAGUGCAAGCAUAACCAGCAUGGCGUGCCAUUUGCUGUGGACAGACGCCUGUCGCGCCGUGCUAGCUGCUUGCUGGACGGUCUCCCGGCUACGAGAGCUCGACCGAUCGUCUCGUUGCCACCCGCAAAAAAGAAGGGUGGUGCACGUCUUCCAGCAGAUCCUGACGGAGACACUGGGGUUCUUUUCGGGGAUGUGGAGGGCAAAGUUCCACCUUGGACCAGUCGCGGCCAAAACUAGCAUCAUCCUGGCUGUCACAUUGAACGUGACGUUGAAUAACAGCUUGGAUGAGCGGGGCUUGAUGGAAGUGGGCGUUGCGACGGCUGAGAGUCUUGUUGCUGAGUUUAUGCAGGCUCUCAGGCGGAUGCAGAGGGAGGGUCAGGGCCAGAGUCAGGCCCAAAAUCAACAGACGUCACGGUCGGCGACGAUGUCGUCGGAUCUGGAUCUGGAACUGAUGAUGCCGUUGCCGUUGACUUACUCCCCAAGUGUCGUCUCAGCCUCCCUCUCCAGCCCAGACCUGGACUCCUCACAGUCCGUCGCGAGCUUCGCGAGUCUUUAUGGCUCAUGGCCUCAUCCACCUCCUACUCCCUCCAACACCCUACUGGUACCGCCUACGAGCUCAGGUACAAGCUCGAUGGUGGGGACGCCGUCGUUGACGACACAUGAGUACUUCGACGUCGGUAGCUUUUCGCCGGCUGACUUGGAUGGGACGUUCGAUCUGGGUCUGCCGCAGCAAUCUUCGUAUGGGGAGUAUCAAAUGGUUGAUGGGAGUACUAUGCAGCAGGCCCAGGAGGGGAUGAUGUAUAACUUGAAUCCGUACCAGGGGAUGGAGGGGAUGAAUGGGAUGAGUUUGUGGCAAUGA